AAAGGUUUUCGUCUAUCCUUCGUCGAAGCGUCAGGAGAGACGACAUUCCAUUAUAUUCCACCCAAAACUGUAAACGGCUCCAAAAAGUUUCGGAAGAAGUUUCGUUUGGAUCUCACUGCACUGCUGCAGGCGCCGGGAUGUUUCGGCGCACCGCCCGCGUGGCGCUCCGCUUUUCUCCCUUCCUUCCCCGCUAUCCCCCUACAACCCUAAACCCCAUCCCUAGCCCUACUUCUCACCUCCUCCGCCCCCUCUCCUCCUCCGCCGACUCCGACGCCGAACUCCGAAAGUAUGCCGGCUACUUUGUCCUACUCGUCGGGUGCGGCGCCGCCACCUACUACUCCUUCCCCUUCUCGGCGGAUGCCAAGCACAAGAAGGCCCAGAUCUUCCGCUACGCCCCUCUUUCCGACGACCUCCACACGGUUUCCAACUGGAGUGGCACCCACGAGGUACACACCCGCGUCUUCCUCCAGCCGGAGACCCUCGCGGACCUUGAGGCCGCUGUUCGAGACGCCCAACAGAACCGCCGCCGGAUCCGUCCCGUCGGCUCCGGGCUCUCUCCCAAUGGGCUUGGCCUCGCCAAGUCCGGCAUGGUGAACCUGGCCCUCAUGGACAAGGUGCUUGAGGUGGACCGCGAGGCGAAGCGGGUGACGGUUCAGGCUGGGAUUAGGGUAUCGCAACUCGUGGAUGCACUCAAGGAGCAUGGCCUUACCCUCCAGAACUUCGCGUCCAUCAGGGAACAGCAGAUCGGAGGAAUCUUACAGGUUGGAGCUCAUGGUACUGGCGCAUGGUUGCCGCCCAUUGAUGAGCAGGUUAUCAGCAUGAAGUUGGUGACCCCCAUGAAGGGAACAAUUGUGGUCUCAAAAGAGAAAAAUCCCGAACUGUUCUUUCUAGCUCGCUGUGGUCUAGGUGGCCUUGGAGUCGUUGCAGAAGUCACCAUUCAAUGUGUAGAUAGACACGAGCUUGUAGAACACACAUUUGUUUCUAAUGCCAGUGAGAUCAGGAAAAAUCACAAGAAGUGGCUAGCUGAGAACAAGCAUAUAAAAUAUUUAUGGAUUCCGUAUACAGAUGCGGUUGUAGUGGUGCGGUGCAAUCCUCUGUCUAAGUGGAAAAAUCCAAAGUUUAAACCAAAAUAUGGGAAGGAUGAAGCAUUGAAACACAUCCGUGAUCUCUACCGUGAUUCACUCAGGAAGUACAGAACUGAUGUUGGUAAUGAUGAACAAGAUAUAAAUCAACUAUCUUUCACAGAAUUGAGAGAUAAACUUCUUGCCCUUGAUCCUCUUAAUAAAGAUCAUGUCAUGAAAGUCAACCAAGCAGAAGCUGAGUACUGGAAGAAGUCUGAAGGAUAUCGUGUAGGAUGGAGUGAUGAAAUACUGGGUUUUGAUUGUGGUGGGCAGCAAUGGGUGUCUGAAACCUGUUUCCCAGCAGGGACCCUUAAAAUGCCUAACAUGAAGGAUUUGGACUACAUAGAAGAAUUAAAGCAGCUCAUAGAGCAGGAGGAUAUACCAGCACCUGCUCCAAUUGAGCAGCGUUGGACUGCUUGCAGCAAGAGCCUCAUGAGCCCAGCCUCAAGCUCAGAAGAAGAUGAUAUAUUUUCAUGGGUUGGCAUCAUCAUGUACCUGCCUACAAUAGAUGCUCGUCAAAGGAAGGAUAUAACAGAGGAGUUUUUCCAUUACAGAUAUUUGACACAAACUAGACUGUGGGAUGAAUAUUCUGCUUAUGAACACUGGGCAAAGAUUGAGGUAUCAAUCAGUUAUAGUAUAUCAUCUGACUCUUUUGUUCAACUACAAAUACAUUUGAAAAAAACUAGAACGAGGGAUGAAUAUUCUGCUUAUGAACAUUGGGCUAAGAUUGAGGUUCCAAAGGACAAGGAAGAGCUUGCUGCACUCCAAGAAAGAUUAAGGAAGCGUUUUCCUGUUGACACCUAUAACAAAGUACGCGGGGAAUUGGAUCCUAAUAGGAUUCUUUCAAAUGCAGUGCUAGAAAAGCUUUUCCCAUGGAAGGAGACUGCUCGAGUCUCAUGUUAGUUGAACUGGAUUGGCUUGUGUCUGUUGCUUUGCUUUUCUGGACUACAAUUAUAUACUGAGAUAACUGGAAUCUGUUGAGAGAGACGAAUAAUCUGCUGCUCUUAUGGUUUAAUAAUUGCAUCGGAGGCAAGAUUUUGUUCCAUGCCUUUCAUCUUGUCAAUAUAUCUGGGUUGGCCAUUGCAAUUGCCAAAGAAUUUCUCACAUUUCUCUUGGAAAUAAGAAGUGGUUGUUUCUCAGUUCAA